GGAUAUCUGGGUCGGGUCAAGAUCCUGACUGCAGAACCCCCAAAUUGAACACCAAUUGUUCGUUUCUUGAGGAAAACGAAAACAUCAACGAUACAGAACACAAACUAGGGUUUAUAUAAAAAUCUUCAACAGGAGAUCACCUCUACAACUCAUCGUCACCAGAGUCAGUCAAAGAUGGCGGCUCUUCAGUACCUCGAUUCUCUUCGUACCACUCACCCUGAGCUAUCCGAUUGGUACAAUACGCUGGCCGAUUUGUACCAAAGGAAGCUAUGGCAUCAACUCACUUUGAAGCUCGAACAGUUCGUUGCUCUUGCCGUUUUUCAGGCUGGCGAUGCUCUCAUACAACUAUAUAACAAUUUCAUAACCGACUUCGAGACUAAGAUCAACCUUCUAAAGCUAGCACACUUUGCUGUUAUAGUCUCUCGCCAAUACUCAGAAAAAGACGCUGCAAUCAGUUAUCUCAAUGGGGUGAUUGAAAAGCUCAGAGCUACAAAAGAAACCCGUAUAGAGGAACCAGUCCUUUACAUUAAGAUGCAAAUAGCGAUGUAUAAUCUUGAGAAAGGAGAUCAAAAGGAGUGCAAGAAGCUUCUAGAUGACGGGAAGAGUACACUUGAUAGCAUGACCGACAUUGAUCCAUCAGUGUAUGCUAAUUACUAUUGGGUGUCAUCUCAGUACCAUAAAUCUUGUCAAGAGUUUGCUGAAUUCUACAAAAGCGCUCUUCUUUAUUUAGCAUACACCUCCGUCGAGUCUUUAUCAGAUUCGUUUAAGCUGGAUCUUGCUUUUGAUCUAUCGCUAUCUGCAUUGCUGGGAGAGAAUGUCUACAACUUUGGAGAGCUACUUGCACAUCCAAUUGUAAAGAGUUUGCUCGGGACAAAGGUUGAAUGGCUCUACUACAUUCUUGAAGCGUUUAACUCUGGAGAUUUAGUUCGUUAUCAAGAACUAUGUCGUGUUCAUAAUGCUUCACUUACUGCUCAACCUGCUUUGGUGGAAAACGAGAAGAAACUUCUGGAAAAAAUUAACAUUCUCUGUUUAAUGGAAAUUAUCUUCAGUCGACCGUCAGAGGACAGGACUAUUCCGCUGGGCGUCAUUGCAGAGCGGACAAAACUUACGGUUGAAGAUGUUGAGUAUCUUCUCAUGAAGAGUCUAUCUGUUCAUCUUAUUGAAGGGAUAAUCGAUCAAGUUGAUGGGACCGUUUAUGUUUCAUGGGUGCAACCAAGAGUUUUGGGAAUUUCUCAAAUCAAAUCACUGCGUGACCGGCUCGAUGGUUGGGUGGGAAGAGUGCACACUGCGUUGGUGUCUGUUGAAGCGGAAACACCUGAUUUGGUUGCGACUUAAGUUCUUGUUUCCAUCUCUGUAACAGUCUCUUGAAAGCCCAAAGUAGAGCUUUGAAAAGAGAUUAGGAGACUAACGUUGACUGGAGUUGGGUCAACUCUUUGUAACUUCCUUUCAUGUUUCACCUCUGGUUUUCACAAAGGAGCCUCUUGUGUACCUUAACCCUAUAGUUUUUGAUUUAUUGUUUGUGUUGCUUACAAACAAAGUUUUAUGAGCUACUUAAUUAAGAUCUA